AGAGCCUAACAGAUUCACUGCCAGUUCAGAGCGAAGCAGAUAGACAGGCACACAAAGCGCUAUCUCUCUCCCUGAGAAAUACAUUUUAAUCCACAAAAAGAACAAGUGAAUAAAAUCAUUUACCAAAAGGGAAAAAAAACAAAUUGAGUUCAAUUCUUGAACAUACCUCAAGAAUAAGCAAUCAAGCAAAAAAAAAAAAAAAAAAUUCAUUCAUUUUUUGGGGAAUGAACAAAAAGGACACAUCUGAUCACUACAACCAUUUUUAAACAACAAGUGGAUUUUUUUUUUCUCUGGAAGAGGAAAAAAAAGGCAUCAUCUCCAGCAGACAAAUCUGGAGGUCCUCCAGAGCGAGUUGUUGGAGACCACCUGCAGCAGCUCAGUCUUGCCAUCUCUCCCCUGAGGUGUGUAGGUGAUUCCCUCACCUGUGAGCCACGGCACUCCCGUCUCCGAGCCUCCAGCGCACAGACAGCGGCUGCAGCAGCAGCAGCAGCGGUACAGGAGAGCCAGCACCCAGGAUGGCUGCAGCCAAGACGGAGAUGCUCCUGCCAGCCCUGCCGAUCUCUGACCCUCUCAGCUUCCCCCACUCCCCCAUGGAUAACUACCCAAAGCUGGAGGAGAUGAUGCUCAUCAACUCGGCGGGGACCCCCUUCCUCACCGCCUCCGCGCCCGAGGGCACGGCGUUCGGGACCGGGGAAGCAGGGGAUCAGUACGACCACCUCACUGGAGACACUUUGCCUGAAAUCUCCCUCAACUGCGAGAAGUCCCUGUCUGAGCAGAGCUACCCUACUCAGAGGCUGCCUCCCAUCUCUUACACAGGGCGGUUCACCCUCGAACCUGCAGCCAACUGCAGCAACAGCCUCUGGGCAGAGCCCCUCUUCAGCCUGGUCAGCGGGCUUGUGGGGAUGAACCCCCCCACCACCUCUGCCCCGUCCUCCUCUGCUGCUCCAACCAGCUCCUCCUCCUCUUCCUCCUCCACCUCUUCCUCCUCCUCCUCCCAGAGCUCCAGCCUGAACUGCUCCGUCCACCACAGCGAGCCCAACCCCAUCUACUCGGCUGCGCCCACCUACUCCAGCGCCAGCCCCGACAUCUUCCCCGAGCAGAGCCAGUCCUUCCCUAGCCCGGCGGUCAGCUCCAUCCAGUACCCGCCCCCCGCCUACUCCAGCAGCAAGCCCUGCGCCUCCACCUUCCCUGUGCCCAUGAUCCCAGACUACCUCUUCUCCCAGGCACAGAGCGAAAUCAGCCUGGUGCCCCCAGACCAGAAGCCCUUCCAGACCCAGGCUGGACAGCAGCCCUCCCUCACGCCCCUCUCCACCAUCAAGGCGUUCGCCACCCAGACGGGGUCCCAAGACCUGAAGACUGUUUACCAGUCGCAGCUGAUCAAGCCCAGCCGCAUGCGCAAGUACCCCAACCGCCCCAGCAAGACCCCGCCCCACGAGCGCCCCUACGCCUGCCCUGUGGAGACCUGCGACCGCCGCUUCUCGCGCUCGGACGAGCUGACUCGCCACAUCCGCAUUCACACGGGCCAGAAGCCCUUCCAGUGCCGCAUCUGCAUGCGCAAUUUCAGCCGCAGCGACCACCUGACCACCCACAUCCGCACGCACACGGGCGAGAAGCCCUUCGCCUGCGAGAUCUGCGGCCGCAAAUUCGCCCGCAGCGAUGAGCGCAAGCGCCACACCAAGAUCCACCUGAGGCAGAAGGACAAGAAGGUGGAGAAGGUGGCGGCAGCAGCGGCCCCUGUCUCGGCCCCCUCUCCUGUCUCCAGCUACCCCUCUCCCAUCACAUCCUACCCCUCACCGGUCUCCUCUUACCCCUCCCCGGUCCCCUCCUGCUACUCCUCACCCGUUCACACCUCGUACCCGUCCCCGUCGGUCGCCACCACGUACCCCUCGGUCUCCAGCACAUUCCAGACGCAGGUGGCUACCACCUUCCCCUCCUCGGUGGCUACAAACAUUUACAGCUCGCCAGUGGCCACACCCUUGUCAGACAUGCAGUCCACACUCUCACCAAGGACAAUUGAGAUCUGCUAAGACUAUUUCCUUUCAUCAGCUCGCUCUUCUAACUUCUCGUUCCUCCAACACAGAAUAAUCAAAAGAACUUGUUAUUCCCCUCUGAAAAGCACUUUUUUCUCCCCCUCUCCCUCCUCUGCGCUCAGUCUUAAAUCUUAAGGUACCUGAAAAAGAAAAAAUACCUGUCAAGGACUCAGCAAAGAAAACUGAAGACAUGAAGGGAUUUUUUUUUCCUUCGAUCCAAUUUCAGCAACAAAUGAGACUUUAAAGACAAAGAACUGAAACAGGCUUUGACAGGGAUUCAGAAAUGGCAAAAAAGAUCUGAACCAACAAAAAUGACUUCUUCCCAGUCACAACUCAAAGCCUAAAGUUUUAACGCUCAGUAGCCCCAACCCAAGAACAAUUUAGCAGAUCUGAAACAAUGACAGGCAAAAGACUUUGAUGAUAUACAUAAUCUAUGGUAUAUGUAUAUUGUACACAUUGUGCCAUGUUUUGUUCAUUCAUCUUUUGGUACUGUUGAUGUGAAAACUUCUUUGCCUAUUUUCAUUGUAUUAUUUGAAGUUAGCAGGGCCAUAUUUUAAAAAAUAUUUUCUCUCUUAUGUAGUGAAAAUGCUGUGAUAAGUUUUGACUUUGUUUAAAAAAAGCACUUAAGUAUUCAAGCAUGUGUAAGAGUGAUGUUAGUUUCUAUUAUUUUGUAAAUAUCACCCACUGGUACUAUCUCUCUUUCCCACAUGUGGCAAAAAAGGUCUGUUAAAAAAAAUAAGAAAAAAAAAAAGUUUUCAAAAGUU